GUUCUGUAUAUCUCUAGGCUGCAGCGAAGUGUGGGCCUGAGCGUGCCGUUAGGACGCAACGUCAACCUUCAGUCAGCGGCUUGGUGCGCAACCUAAUACAUUUGCCCGACUAUAGCGUGUUUUAUACUCCCAACGACCAUUUAUAUCGCUCCUCUCUGCUUGCCAAAAUCGAAACCGACACAUCACAGUUAUGAGUUAAUUAACAAACCCUCCUUAUAUUGCCCUCGCUACGCGCUACUCCCUAUUACCGUUGCCACUGCGUCAUUACCUCAUCGUCUCCCAUUCUAGCAGCACAUUUUCCUUUGGAUAUCUGAUACUGUUCUACUUCGGAGUACGAUUUUCCUUUUGUAGGUCCCUACCGCACCGCCGGAAUAUACCAAACCAUACACCCAUUAUGCAGGGUAAGAACCAUUUUUUCCUCGCUCGCCUCUGUGGUCAGGCUCAGCGCUAUGAUGACAUGGUCCCCCUUCUGAAGCAAGUCGUCAAGAGAGGUGGUGAGCUGAGUGUCGAUGAGCGGAACCUUCUCACUACUGCUUUUAAUAAAGCUUUCGACACCCGUCGUGCCAGCUGGCGCAUUAUCUUCUCGAUCGAGAAAAAUCAGUACAAGGGUAGUGAGAAACAUUUUGCUACCAUCCGUGGAUACCGCAUUAAGAUUGAGAAUGAGAUCGAAGAGAUCUGUCGGGACGUCUUAGAUCUGCUAGACCAGAGCCUGAUCCCAAAUGCCAGUACUGGCGAGUCAAUGGCAUUAUAUUACAAGAUGAAGGGUGACUACAGCCGUUAUCUGACCGAGUUCGUGUCGGGUGAGAAGCACAAUCGUGCAGUUAUCUCUGCGCAUAAUGCCUACAAGAUUGCUGCCUAUGUUGCUAAGACAGAGUUCACAGCCGCUCACCCAUUUAGGCUGGGCUUGGCUGUCAAUUUCUCUGUCUUCUACUACAGAAUUCUGAAUUCACGCGAUCGUGCCCGGUAUCUUGCGAAACGUGCUUUUGACGAUGCCAAGGCCGAGAUCGAUGUCCUAACCAAGGAGCCUGAUGACGACAGUAUCCUUCUCAUGCAACUCCUUUGCAUCAACCUGGCCCUUUGGGCGUCUUCAGACAGUGGUGAGCGUGAAGGGAUUAGCUGCAGAAACUACAUGCACCUCUGCUCAUCACCACACCAUGUAUCCUUGAGAAAAUCUGGCACAUAUCACCAAGGUAGCUCAUGACUCGACAAGCGCUACCUAGCCAAUCUUUAGGCGAGUAAAAAUCUGCCAUCCUCUUGUUCUCUCCCGUAUUAUAAUAGAAAAGAAAGUUAUUUGAUUCUUGUCUAUUUCCUUGGGGGAGUGCCCUUACUGUCUUAUAGUUUAUAUCCCUAUUAUUUAUCUUAUUUUUAGUAGAAGAGGAAAUUUACUACCUUUUAUUAGCUUAUAUCCUUAUAAAAUCCUCUUUUACUAAAAGAGGGAUAGUAUUUUAGAGGUCUUAAUAGAG